CGGGUCCCAGCGCUUCCAUGGCGGCGGCGGCGGCCUCGCUGCGGUCCCCCCCGGCCCCGCCGGCCGCCCCGGGCCCCGCCGCCGCCGCCGCCGCCGCGUAACGCUUGAUCUCGGGAAUAUUGGCUCCGGGAUGGGGGCCCGGCGCGGAAACUGGGGGAGCGGCGGCGGUGGGGGGAGCGGCGGGGCGCGGGGAGGAGGCGGCGGCCGGGGGGGGGUUGCGGCGGGGAGCGCUGCCGGAGCUCCGCUUCCCCGAGCGGCGGCGCAAACAAUCCCCCCGCUGCGCCGCCGAGCCCGAGCGCGCCCCCGCCGCCGCCAGCACGCGCCGCCUCCCGCCGUGCGCGCCCCCCGCCGCCGGCCCCGCAGAAGGAGGAGGAGGAGGAGGAAGAAGCGCCCCCUCCACGCUGCCCGGCGCCGCCGGCUCGCGCACGCGCAACGCCCCCUGCAGGCGGGGGCGCGCACGUCGCUACGCACUCUUUGGGCGCCGGCGCGGCCCUCAACAGAACACCGCCUCCGUUCUCUGCUUCAGCGAUCAGGGGACGGGGACCCAAAGGCCGGCCCUGUUCGGGGGCAGCCCGCGCCCUCCGGCCGUGAGGUAAAAGAGGCGCCGGGCCGCCGCGCGGGCUCUCCAGAAGUCGCGUUCGCUUUUCUCGCUCCCUCCGUUCUAAGACGCGUUGCGGAUAUGGGAAACACCACGAAGAUCUCUGCCUCCCACAGAAAUGCGACCAAACGCCUCUGAAGUUGUUUUUGUUUUUUCCUUCCCCCUCAGGACAGCAGGACAGGCAGCACCUGACUGUUGUUUGACUUCAACGAAAAACUAAAUAAAUACUAACAGACCUUUUUAUGUCCUA